AUGGCUGGUUCUGCUGCUGCUGUCUGCCCGAAGCCCUUGUGUAAUGCUUUCACAGAAGUGGAUUAUGGUAUUGACCACUGGACACUACAGGAAGUGUCCGGUGCUACAACAGAGGCAGCAGACCUGCUGGUGUCAAAGGCACUCGAGCAUCGCCAGGAGCUGGAGGAGCAGUGCCUGCAGCUACAUUGGGUCGCAGUAGGUCAGCAAAGGCUGCCUCAGUGGAAGAAAACCACGGGCAUGGUUCGUGGGCGUCAAAUGCUGGGAGGCACAAAUAGUUACCCAGAGCUUGGAAAAUUUUACCAAGGAGACAUUAUAUUUCCUACUGGUUCCAGAAAUGCACUUGCUAUACCUUCUUUGCUGUGGCCUAAAGGAAUAAUUCCUUAUAAGUUUGAUCCAAGUUACACAAAGAAGGAAGAAAAUAUGGUUACUGAAGCCAUGGAGGGUAUUGAAAAUAAAACAUGUGUCAAGUUCACAAAACAGGAGAAGCAGAAGCAAUAUAUUUUCUUGACGAAAAAGAGAGAUGGGUGUUAUUCAAUGGUUGGCUAUCGUGCAACAGCUCGAGCUCAUACAUUGAAUUUACAGUCCCCAGAGUGUUUUGACCAGGUGGGAACAAUUCAGCAUGAACUUCUACAUGUACUGGGUUUACUUCAUGAGCAAGCAAGACCUGACAGAGAUGAUUUUGUGAAGAUUUACUGGGACAAUAUGGAUAAGGCUUACCAUCCCGAUUUUAUAAAGGCUAAAGAACCUGAGUUUACAACUUUUGGGUUACCAUAUGACUACAGCAGCAUCAUGCAUUAUCCUCGUACUGCAUUCUCAAAGGAUGGAAAGUUGCCAACAAUUGUUGCUAAGCAUAAUGAAGACUUGGAACUGGGACAACGAAAGGCCCCUACAGAUAUUGAUUUACAGAAGAUACGAAAACUGUAUCACUGUACUGAAAAAUAG